UCGUAUUACAGAAAACAGUACGUGCAUACUGUUUAUAUACCACUUGUAUUGAUGUGGUUUCAGGUCUGUAUUACCCUACGCUUCUUGGCAUCUGGGGCAUUCUACAAUGUCAUUGGAGAAGCGAUGGGUGUACAGAAAGCGACAGUUUGCAGAGUGUUGGACGCAGUGCUAGACUGCCUUGUAAAUGUUGCUAGCAAAUGGAUCGCAUUGCCAAUAUCACAAGACCAAUUGGCAGAGAUCAAGGUUGGAUUUUACCGAAAGCGGCAGUUUCCGGCUGUCAUCGGGUGUGUGGAUGGAACGCAUGUUGCAAUUCGAACGCCUCCACGAAACGAAGAUGUAUUUGUGUGCAGAAAAGGGUUCCACAGUAUCAAUGUCAUGCUGAUCAACGACCACAAGAACAGGAUUACAGCAGUAUCGGCUCGAUUCCCUGGUUCUGCGCAUGACAUGGCAGUCUUCGACUGUUCUAAUAUCCAACAGAGGAUGGAGAACGGAGACCUGCAAAAUAAGGGGUUACUUCUGGCAGACAGUGGGUAUGCCUUGAGGCCAUACCUCAUGACCCCUGUCUUAAUUGCGACCUCACAACGACCAAGAGGUCAGAUACAAUGCUGCUCACAAGGGGACAAGGGUAAGCAUUGAACAGGUCAAUGGCAUCCUGAAGAGCCGAUUCAGAUGCCUUGAUAGAUCAUCAGGAGGCCUCUUCAUUGAAGCAGGCAAGGCAUGCAAGGCGAUUGUUGCAUGUUGUGUUUUGCACAACAUGUGCAUAACGUUUAACGACGUCAUGGUAGAAAUGCUACCAAAUG